AUGGCAAGCAAAGAUUUGGCGUACACGCUGUUAUUGCGAGCGAAUCAGGAACUAGAACAUGACCACGCAGAGCAGAUAGAGAAGGAUGCUUUGAACAAGAAUGGCAACCCUGUGGAGCCAUGGAUGCAAGUGAACGUAUUCUUAGAAAGGAAGAGGCGCAAAAUUGUCGACGCAGAUCAUGGCAUCGAGGAAAUGCCGCGGUCGAUUGUGAUUUUGGAUAAGGUAGAGGACAUCAUAAAACCUUACGGGGAACAGUAUAAUGACAUCGAGCUGGAUUUGUCAAUGCCGGUCGCAGAAUGGAAUGAACUAAUCUAA